AAACAUUUUAUUUAUGUUUUAAUCCAUAGACUUAUAUACAGUAACACAGCUCAGCUGUACAGAGAGGGUGGAUAUGCCGCUGAUCUGUAAGUCAUGUGCGCUGGCAGAAAACACGCUGCAGUCGAUCUUCUGAACGCCAUCUUCCCAUCACUCCACCUACACAUCUGCACAGACCGGCAGGGGAAACACACACACACUCUAACAAAUGGCUAUAUAGGCAACGAAAUAAUGCUUUUCACACCCAAAAGUAUUAUCCUGUGCGUCCAGUUGGCAGGAAUCGGGCGCUCAGCCGAAGUUGUGCAGCCUUAAUUUCGAACACGGACGCCCUACAGAACGUAAACACGAGGCAUCAGUUCCGGCACAACAGGUAACCGUUCCGGUAUCUUCUGCGGCGAGGCGGUGUGACGAGCUCUAAAAGAAGAGCAGACUUAUUCUCCAACCUUUCUCUUCAGCCCUGAGAUGGCAGAUCCACGAAGCCAGGUCUCAGCUUCCGUGCCUCAGAAACCUUUGGGCUUUUCUGCAUCCGAGGGCAGUACCGUUGAAAUGGACCCAAUGGAGUACACCCUCCGAAAGCGCUUGCCCAGGAAGCUGCCCAAGAGGCGUAAUGAUGUCUACAUCAACAUGAAGACCGAUUUCAAGGCCCAGCUGGCCAGGUGUCAGAAACUGCUAGAUGGUGGUGCUGGACACAGGGAAAUCUGCAUCCACGGUCUGGGACUUGCCAUUAACCGGGCCAUUAAUAUUGCCCUGCAGCUGCAGGCUUUCAGUCAGGGGGCUUUGCAGCUGGCUGCUAACACCUCCACCGUAGAGCUGAUAGAUGAUCUGGAGCCAGACGAUCCAGACGAAGCUGGGGAGCCGCUGACACGAACAAGGAACAACUCAGCCAUCCAUAUCAAAGUUUUUUACCCCAAAGCUUAGAGACUUGGAAUCAGCUACAUAAAGGCCUGAUACUAAUGCAUAUGUAAAAAGACCCUCCUCACUCUUUUCUAAGUGGUGAAUCCAUGAUAUGGGGAUAAGCUGACUUCUGCUGUUGGUUGUAACAGCUCUCCUGAAGAUUACACAAGAGCAUAAGAAUUGUGAUGCAAAUAGUUUGGGAUCAGAAGAAACUGCUGUAUGUGAAAUGAUCAGUCUACACCCGUAUUACAUGGAUUUUCCCAAGUGGAAGAUGCUAGGAGGUGUUUUUAUAUCUGAAUUAGAACCAGGCCAUAGGCUAGGCCUGAUUAUGAGGGCCUGGUGUGGAAGAAGCUGACCAACACUGACCGCAUUCUAUCCACCUGUCUCCUUAUGGCACUGAAAUUGGAUGGGAGGAAGUAAGGAAGAUCAGUGUAUUUGGGAGAUAAGCAGUAAUGUCUGUGUAACUAGUGCCCUCUAUAUGUGUAGGUUUCUGUAGUUCUGAUACAGACAGUUUGAGACAAAAGUGAAAUAAUUUUGUAUUGAUGUGCUGUUUUAGAGUACAAAGUAUUAUUUGCUGUGCCUGUGCAUGUUGUAUUUUUGUAA